AUGAUUUAUCUAAUAGUCAUAAUUUCCGCAAUCGGUUUGGUAGUGUCAUUCUUUUUAUCCUUUCUCAUAUAUAAAAUAUUUGUUGAAGAUAACGACUUUCUGAGUUAUGAAUCAAUCAAUGAUAUAUUCCACUCUGCUGACAUUGAUCAAGAGUUCUUGAAUGAUGAAGAAGCGUUAAUUAACCUAGCAAAUGAAUAUGACUUCACCGUACUUUCACCCGAGGAACAGCAAUCUUUUUUAAAAGGUGAAGAAUUCACGAAGCUACAUCAACCCUCUGAUAAUGCAAGGGGUAAAUCAUUCACUCGUCAAGAUGAACUAAUCAUCAAAGAUUGCGGAAUCAAUGCAUUCGAGUUUGAACAGGAGAGAGACAUUCUUACUGCGCGAUAUAUUGUGGAAGAUCGAACCGAAGUAAACUUUCUUAAUAAUGACACCUCAUAUUCAACGGCAACGGCGGUUCUUAACCUCCCAUUACCGACACUUAAUCGAACACCAGAUACCAUCUACUUUGAAGUCAAGAUUUACGAGUUUAAUGCCGAUAUACCUAAUGCUCAUCUUGCAAUCGGCCUAGUUACAAAGCCAUAUCCUUCCGGAUUUCGACUUCCCGGGUAUAACAAUUUUUCAUUGGCAUAUGAAUCAACAGGAAAUCUUAAGAUAAACAAACCUUUUCCCACGCCGUUGCAACAGCAUAAUGGAGACCUGAGUUUGUAUAAUGCCCGCGUUCUACCCCCGUUGAGACAAUCAGAUGUGAUCGGGAUUGGCUACGUUGUCCCUUCAGGCACACUAUUCCUUACAAAGAAUGGAAGAAAGUUAAUGGAUAUAAUGAAAGGAUGCUACGUUGAUUUGUAUCCAGCAAUAGGAUGCUUUUCUACCAAUGCUAAAUUUCAAACCAACUUAGGACAAAUGGGAUUUGUGUGGAUUGAAGCUAACGUGCGUAGAUAUGGCUUCUUCUCUACUAGUGAUAGAAAAUUAAAAGGAGAGAGAGGUCUUGCCUCCUUACCAGAAUAUGGAAAUACCAAACUACAGAACGAUAAACUAUUGGACAAAGGUGAAGAACUUCCACCUGAUUAUCCAGAUGAGGAAAUUGACUUUUUUGGGCGAGUGAUUAUCGGAUCGUCAUCCAAAUUUCAUCAAAAGAAACUUGAUGAGAAUUCACUGUAUGAACCAAAGGAAUAA